AUGCGGCCGCACGACGAUGGCAGUGAACCCAGCUGCAGCUACUACAUGGCAGUAUGUUUGGCUGACGGUACUGUUCUCCUGAUUGACGCGGACUUGGAGAAGAACGAGGUCAUGUGGUGCGCCCAGCUGCAGGUACAGGGAGAACUGUUUGGCCUCUCUACACUCAACUUCACAGUAAGUUCGUAUUUCACCAAAUAUCCGGACCAGAACUACAGCAAAACGCUCUACAUAUUUAUUUAACGUGACGUCAUUGUUUACUUUUCUCGGUUGCUCUGGACCUCCGUGAACUGUACACAACCACGUCAGCAAAUUUCGUUGUGCCUUACAUAACUACAAAGCAAAAGUAGAUAGGACCUGUUUAUUUCUUUUUCUUACAGAGUGAAGACACAGAGGAUGUGACGGUGUGCUGCUGGGACGGUUCCACGUACAUUUUCAAUUAUCAAAAGGACAUUCUUCGCUUCCUGGUGGGGCAGUCCUGCCAAGCAUUUACCUCGGGCAAGUACGCUAUACGACGAGGGCACAACGAACCGGUUCUGGUGUAUGCCACCUGCGAAGGCUCGCUGCUCAUCUAUUACAAUCUCGACGUGGACUCCAUUCCCAUCUAUUCUCUGACUCAAAAGAUGUCUCUGAGGCCUGGUCUUCUGAAGAAACUGGAGGCCCUAGGCGUUAAUAGUAAGUAG